UCAGGAUUCAGCUUAAAUAGAAAAACAAGGUAUAUAUAGAGCUUCCCACAGAGCUGCCCACUAUUACACAUCAUCUAAAAAAACUCACUUGAAUGAGUACAAAAACAACAAUUUUCCUAACUAUUAUUGAUUUAAAUUACCUUGAUUCACAAAUGGAUGAAAAAGUGAAAUUGAAAUGGACAAAUUUGCGAGUACAACAACAACAACUUCUACUAAAACAACAACAACAAAAACAACCACAGCAACAUCAACAACGACAACAUCAUCGACACCUGCAGAACAAUUGCAUUUGGAGCAUCGGGACCUCAUUGGUUUGCAUCCAUUUGAUAUAUUUUUAUCGUCGAGUAUUGUCUCUGGACCUGGUUCUGGUUCAAAUUCCAUCACUGACAUCACAAUUACUAUGGAGACUACUCGGGCGUCCUUGUCAACAGUGACGACAAUGAAAGAAAUGACAGGCACAGUGGCAUCAGUUGUUGCUGCAGCAACACCAAACACCACUGAAGGCUUGUUUAUGUCAUUAAAUAUGACUAACCAAACUCUGCGAAUCAUUGAGUAUCCAGCUUUGGCAAACUUUCAAGGUGAAUACGAUGUAGAGUACAUUGCAAGGAUUAACUCAUUUUGGUUAGCAUUUGAUCCUCCAAGCCCAAGAUCUCAUUAUAUUAUGGCUGUCAUUUAUAUAAUAAUAACAACAAUUGGAUGUUUUGGCAAUGCAUUAGUUGUAUACAUGUUCAUCAGAUGCAAAUCCCUGCGAACUCAUGCCAACACGCUGGUGAUAAAUCUGGCAGUAAGUGACUUCCUCAUGUUGGCCAAAUGCCCCAUCGCCAUAUACAAUAGCUUUAAAUUGGGACCUGCUCUUGGCGACUUGGGCUGUCGUCUCUAUGGUUUCUUUGGAGGGCUCACUGGAACUGUAUCCAUUAUAACACUCACCGCCAUUGCUGUAGACCGUUACAAUGUUGUCGUAUAUCCGCUGGAUCCCUAUCGGUCAUCCACGAAACUGCGUUCACGUCUGCUAGUUUGCUUCAUUUGGCUUUAUAGCUUCUCUUUUGCUGUGAUACCGUCGCUAGACAUCGGUCUAAGUACAUACGUACCCGAAGGAUAUCUCACUACUUGCAGUUUUGAUUACUUAUCCAAGUCAAUACCGGCGCGCAUAUUUAUGUUUGUCUUCUUUGUUGGAGCCUGGUGUAUACCGUUUAGCAUUAUUUCGUAUUGUUACUUCUAUAUUCUAAGAGUUGUCUCCAAUUCGUCAGGAAUUCAAUCUAGCAAGGAUUGCAACAAAACGGAGAUUAAAUUAACUGGAAUUGUGAUUGGAGUGAUUGGUCUUUGGUUUGUUGCAUGGACGCCGUAUUCGGUGGUCGCUCUACUCGGGAUAAGCGGCAACGAAAAUUUAAUUACUCCCCUGGGCUCUAUGAUACCGGCUAUUUUCUGCAAGACUUCAGCAUGCAUUGAUCCGUAUAUCUAUGCUAUAACGCACCCAAGGUUUCGCAUGGAAUUCCGAAGGAUGUUCCUUGGCGAGCGUUAUAUUCGAAGGUCAUCGACGUAUCGUUCGUCGUUUCCAACAAGAUGUUCCACCACAAGACGACGUCGUAUGAUAAGGGAUGUUGAAUUAAACAUUAAUAAUAGCAAUAGUUUAAAGAAAAUCAGUGAGAAUUCUGCAGAGGAUGAUUACGAACAGCAUUGCUCCUUAAAUGUUUAAGUAUGGAAAAUAAUUAUUGACGAAUUUAAAAAAAAUACAAAAACAUGGAAAUUGUUGUAUAUGUAUCUACAAAUAUAUAAUAUUGAUUUACGAGAAAAAGAAAUAAAUAGAAAAAUAAGGGUUUUAUUUGAUUUUAUGUAGUAAAACUGCAACAAUUACCCACAUCUCUUUUUAUA